AGCCAAUCACCUUUCAAUCUUUCAAAGGAAACACUGUGCUUCCUGCCCUGCUCUGGCUUCCUGCCGCUGGCUGGAGGUCUUCGAUUUGCCCUGGAGAGUCGUGGACCCCGGCCGUCUCUGAGCGGGUUAUUCUGCACGAACCGGCAUCGUCUGGAGAAACGGCUCCCCGUGCCCAGCCCAUCCUGUGGCAGAAGCUCUAGUGUCGCCGGAAUGCCCUAUGAUGCCAAGGUUCCCGGGUGGGCGUGGCAGCCGUACCCCAGCGCCCGCCUCCGCUCUGCCCCGCCCCCGCUCCCGCGCUGAGCCCGGAGAAUGCCGUCUCACCUCCUGCCGGAUUCAUUCCAUCCCGGACACGGAUUUAUCCCUUCAUCAAUCUCUCCGUUCCUCCGUCUCCACCAUCAGCGGCAUUAAAGCGAUUAACAGCGUGUCGGUGCUGCAGGUGUCUGCCAGCUGUUAUCUUUGCGCUUUUCACAGAGCUCAGAAUAAUCUCAGAGGUGUACAGUAUGCCUGGGAAAUAGUCCAAAGACAGUGAUAUUCAUUUUUCCGGUUUUUCAUCUUCGCCCUCGGUCUUGCGCUUAACCACAUAAACAGACACACACAGACACACACACCCACAGACACAGACACACACACAUACGCACACUCGCACAAACCCACACACACACACACAUAUACACACACACAAGGAAUUUCCACUCAUCUCUCCACUGCAGACAAUUUAGCUCAGUGUAUCACUUCCGGCAGAGGGCAAAGGUCAAGUAGAUUGACCUCUUCAGGGUGACUGAAAGCAUACAUUUCAAAAUCUCACUCCAGCCUUUAAAGGCCUACUUCUCUGAUUGGACCCUGGACCAGAACCAGAAUUCUGACUGGGUUUCAGAACUACAUCUGAGCCCUGAUUGGAUCGUGGACAAGAAACAUUCCCUGAACUAGAACGUGGACCAGAAGCUGGGCUCCGAUUGGACAGCGGAACGAUAGCUGCGCUCUGAUUGGAUCCCUGGAGCUCUGAGCCACAGAGCCUUCCUUACAAACAGGACUGGGAUUGGUGCAGAUGGAGCAGGUCACCAGCAUCGUCCAUCAGCAGAUACCCUCGCAGCCCUCGCCCGGUGACCCAGCGGGGCCGAAGGGCGGCGAGGGCGGGGCUCAGCCCGGCCCCGCCCACCCCUGCGAGCAGCCUGGCGGGGCUCUGGAGGCCGGCGCGGCCGCGCUCCUGAUGGCGGGCGCGGGGGCGCUGAUCCUGGUCCUGCUGUGCGCCGCGCUGCUGCUGGUCCGCUACAGGCACCGCUGGGCCCAGAGCGGCUCCCUGCAGUACAUCAGCUUCCACCACUCCGCCCGCUACACCCUGAAGGACCCCUGCCCGUCGCCCACGCCCCCACCGCAGCCCGCCCCUCGACCGCCCUCCCUCCCGCCCUCGCUGCCCCUCCCGCCCCCGCCGCCCGUGUGCCCCACACCCCCGCCCCCGUUCUGCCCCGCGCCCCAGCCUCCGCCCUUUCAUCCGCCCCCGCCCCAAAUCCACCUGCUCCCGCCCCCGUCGCCCCACCCGGCCCCGCCCUUCACCCACGCCGCCCCGCCCUUCAUCCACACCACCCCGCCCAGCCCCCUCCUGCCGGCCCCGGACAUGGUGGUGUACUCCCGGAUCGGGGUGAUGAGGACUUCCAGGCCCCCCAGUGCGAGUGGGAGCGGGACGCAGGUGAUCCUGUUUGAGCACUCCUCCCUGUGAUACCGCCGUGGUCGUGAUACUGCCACGCCCUCGUACGUGCUCGCUGACUGCUUCUGCCGUUUUCCCUCCAGGCAAAGCUCAUCUUCCACGUCUCUUGUCCUCCGCAUUCCUUCCUCCCUCUCUCUCUCCCUCCCCCUCUGUAUUCCUCCCUCCCUCUCUCUCUCUCUCCCUCCUUCUCUGCAUUCCUCCCUCCCUCCCUCUCUCCUCCCUCCCUCCUUCUCCCUCCCUCCCUCUCCGGCAGUGCCCAGAUCUGCAUCCUGAUGAACAGAUGAACAGGAGGUCUCGCUCCUGUAAAGACUGGCGGUUAAAGCUGUGUUCAGUAAGCGUGUACCUCACACACGGUGUUGAGCUCCGCCGCUCCGCCUCCCCGAGGAGCCGGGUAACGCGCAUCAUCGCCUCGGAGAGAGACGCCUGCAUCCAACAGCACCUUCCCACAAUGCACCAUGUCAAAUACGGCAUGUGCCUAGCUUUGAGCUCUUUUGCUUUUUUUUUUUUUUCCCCAAAGUCAUCGUUCGUUUUCACCCGGGGGUGGGGUGUGCUGCAUCCCCCAGAUGCAAGACAGGAAAAAGAGCCCGCAUCAAUCUCCAUGAAACAUACAUUGCCUGUGUGAAUGCAUACGUGGAGGAUGAACUAUUACAUUCACAUGACUGUGUAGACUGUUCUGUGAAAUACAAUAAAAGGUUGUAAAUGUUCCAUAGUAUAUGCUGUAUGAUUGAAGUGAGCAAUUCCAAUCUAAUACAGUGCUACUUUAUUCUUCUCUUUAGGUCUAUUUAAUUUUGGGUUGAGAGAGCGAGAGAGAGAGCGAGAGAUGUGGAGAGAGAGAGAAAGAGAGCAAUGCAGAGAGAGAGAAAGAAAAAGAGAGUGAUGCGGAGAGAGAGAGAGAGAGAGAGAGAGAGAGAGAGAGCAAACAUUCACAGUGCACAAUGUAAAUUUCAAUAUGUACCUACAGCUUUCACACGCUAAUGUGUAUUUGCUGACUACAACUAGAGUAUUGGCACUGAGAGAAAUUUGCUAAUGGUAAUCAACUAAUGGGUGCCAUUAUCAUAGAACGUGUGAGAAUAUGAUUGUGGAAAGAUUAGGCUUGAGUGGCACUGUAUACUCUGUUCUGAUCUCUGCCUCAAUGACAGCUGGGCCAAUAUGAUUUAUGCUUUGUAUUUAUGGUUGUAUUAUGAUUAAAUGAAUGAAUUUGAAUUGUACAGAAUAAAACAUUUUGGCCGUGAAAA